CGCCCCCCCAUCAUCAAUGCCCUCUCCCCUCUCUCCCCUCCUUCAAUGCCAUCAUACGCAUACUCUGUACGCAUUUAUGGAUGCUGAGAGUGAGAGCUUUUCCAUGGAUUCCAAUUUAACUGCCUUGCUAUUGACUUCCAUCUUCGCUGCCGCAUUUACUACACGUAAAUAGACAUCAUAUCUUGGCAAUAAAUGUGUAGCCGGCAUCAGACUGGCCAGUCACAUUUCUGCUGCUAUGUGGACUACUACAGAAAAAAUUAAAUCCAGAGAACUUGAGAGGGGGGGAGAGAAGGGGAAUGGGUAGAACACCUUGUUGUGACAAGAAAGGGCUGAAGAAAGGGCCUUGGACGCCUGAAGAAGAUGAAAAGCUCGUUGAUUUCAUCAAGAAGAAUGGGCAAGGCAGCUGGCGUUCUCUUCCCAAGCUUGCAGGUCUUCUACGCUGUGGGAAGAGUUGCCGUCUGAGGUGGACAAACUACCUAAGGCCUGAUAUCAAAAGAGGCCCCUUCAGCACCGAGGAAGAGAAGCUUGUCAUUCAAUUACACGCCAUUCUCGGAAACAGAUGGGCUGCUAUUGCUUCCCAGUUACCCGGAAGGACAGACAAUGAGAUCAAGAACUUGUGGAAUACUCAUCUGAAGAAGCGGCUGCUUUCCAUGGGCAUUGACCCCAUAACACAUGAACCCUCAUCUGAAUGUAUUGGGUUGCAGAGGAGACUCCCUACGAACCCCUCCACCCGUCACAUGGCACAAUGGGAAAGUGCUAGGCUUGAAGCUGAGGCGCGACUUUCAAGAGAAUCAAAACUGUUGGUCCCUCCCACUACUGGAGGAUCUGAAGCCGACUUCUUCUUACGCAUCUGGAACUCUGAAACAGGAGAAGCAUUCCGUAAGCUCACAAAAUCCAUGGACGCUGAAUGUCAAAGCCCACCAUUUUCUCAGGCAUCUUCGUCGACAAAAUGUGGGUCAGCUUCAGGUACCACCACUGAGAUGGAUCUUACUGCAGCAGGUGUUUCCCCAAUUGCAGAGUGCAAACCGAAGGAGGAAGAGCCAGAGUGGAAGAACAGCAGAUCUAAUUACAACACUGAAGAUCAUCUCCUACUAGGAUCUGAAGCGUCUUGUUCAAACGAGCUGGAAGAUUCAUCUGAAUCAGCUCUGCAGCUUCUGUUGGAUUACCCUACCUACAACGACAUGAGCUUCUUAGGACACACUGACACGUACAGCUUAUAUCCGACCUUUUUGACUGAAAGCUCUUUCAACUGCUCACCUGCAGAACACUAGAGUCCCUUCCAUCUAGAGAAUUGGAUCGUAUAUUUUUUGAGCUGGUGGGUUUUUUUAGAAGCUCCAGCUGUAGAGUUCUGGACCUUGACUCCUCCCCCCCCCUCAAGCGUGAACAUAUAGGUUGUUGCUUUUGUAAGAGCUUGACUGAAACAUGUGGUCUAGUUAGUGUCUUGUGUGACUAUGUUGGCGUAAUAUGUUUGAAUGUUUCAAGGGUGUAAUUAACUUCUAAACUUGGUUUCUUUGUUUGUGUUAUCCAAGGGCAACAUUGGAGAAAAAAUGCAAGAAAUAUUAGGUUAUUCU